CUAGACAGACUUCGCGCUCAUUUAUGCUCACACCAAAUAGGUAGGGCAGCAAAAGUGUGAGCGCCAAUUUUUACUAUUUGUCAAAACGAAUGCAACUUAAGCAUAAUCUAACCAAUAAAUUUCAUUUAUUUAUUGCAAAUGUCAAAUUCUUUACAAUCCCGCAAAAAUGGCAAGCAGUAAACCAAAAUUAUUUGUUGAGCUAACUGAUCCAGAAAAUAAUAAAAUAUACACAAUUAUUGUUACGGACCGUGAAUAUGAGCGACUUCAAACAGAUGAAACUUUUGCAAACUUCAAAUUACAAGAGGCUAAAGAAUCAAAAGAUUUACAAUAUGCUCAAUUUAUUAGCGAAACCGACACAGAAGAACCUGAAGGUUCAGAAACUAAUGUUAAUGGCGAUGGAAGCAUUGAUGAAUCCGUGAGAAGUCCAAGUGAAGAUUCAGCAUUUAAAUGGCCUCAUGAAGCUAUUCUUUUGCUUCUUGACGAAAAUCAAAAGCGAAAAAUUGAUUUCAAUAGUGGAAAAAUUUCUCAAAAAAAAUUGUGGUUGGACAUUAGUGCUGAACUGAAAUCUCACGGACAUAACAUUACAGGACCUCAGUGCUUAUCUAAAUUUUCAGGAAUGAAAAAAACUUAUAAAAAAACAAAAGACCAUAACAAUAAGUCUGGAAAUUCUGCAAAACAUUGGCCGUAUUUGACUUUAAUGGAUGAUCUGAUGGGUGGCAAGCCUUCCAUUACACCUGUCGCAGUUUGCUCUUCUACUGGGAAUAAAAGAAAUUUAUCCGAAAGUUGUGGAAGUAGCAGUAAUAAUGAUGUAGAUAAUGAAGCGAACCGUAAAAAAGCAAAAAGUACCCCCGCGAGUCAUUUAAUUGCUGCCUUUGAAGAGAGAUUGAUGAAAAGCGAACAAAAUAAGGAACGUCGGUUCAAAGAAUUCAUGGCUUUUAAAGCCCAAAAAGCCGAAGAGGCUAAUCAGUACAAAAAACGAGCUUUAGACCUAUUAGAAAAGCUUGUGAAAGCUAAUAAUUCUUUUUAAUGUAAUUAUGCUUAAGACUGUUUUUCAUUAAAUCGGACUGAAUUUAAGAAUGUAAUUUUUAAUCAGUACAAAAUCAGUACAAAA